AUGCGUCUGCCGGUCUGUAUGAUUGAGGUCAUGGUAUCUUUUGAUGCUACAUCCCUUUUCAAUUCUAUUCCCCAGGACCUGGCGAUCGAGACAAUCGAGCUGCUUCUACAAAACAAGUACGAUGUAACGGCAGAUCGUCUUGGACACGCCCAAGUCCUUCAGCUCCUGAAUUUCUGUCUCAGGACGUACUUUAUAUUCGACGGGACAAUCCACGAACAGGUGAAGGGCACACCAAUAUUUUCGCCGAUUUCGGGAUUCAACGCCGAGGCGCUCCUGCAACGGUUAGAAUCGCUGAGCUUGUAAGAGCAUUUUACUUAUGCUCUGCUCCAGAUGUCGCUUCCACUAGAUUUAAAUUUAGGCAAAUCUUUACCCACCUCAAAAGCUGCCAAUACCAACGGUUUACUCAUAUGUUGCGAUUUAUAACAUCAGGACUGAAGAACAGAUGCACUAUAAAGAGUUUUGCCGUCACAAGCACAAAUCCUGUAAUCAGUCGUCCGAACAUGAAUCUGGAGCAUUGCUUUUUUAUUGGUAUGUCCUGUCGUAAAUCCCUACAAUAUAUCUUGAGAAUAUCAGAGUUAGGGAACGAUUAUGGUUAAGAUAAUUCACAAAGACUAGAUCAGAUAGUAUUGUAUUGAACGCGGACCACAACCGAAGUAUCAUCUAUUCCCUCUUGUCAACUGAGUUAAAGUUGGUCUUUAGUAGAUUCUUCAUAUUUUCCGUAAAUUUAAUGGAAGUUCGGUCCUGUCGUCUAAUCAGCCGUCGAGUGUGAAUCCUGAGCAUUGCUAUUAUAUUGGUAUGUCCUGCAGUAAAUCCCUACAAUAUCUGUUAAGUAUACCUGAGUUGGGGAAUAAUUGAGCAGAGGCUUGUUCACAAGGACGACGUCAGGUAUGCUGUCAUUAUUGAACUGACCGCUGAUCAAACCCGAAGCACCAAUUAUUCCCUUCUAUCAUCUAAGCAAUAUUUCGAUUUUAGUGGCUUUUUCACAUUCUCCACAGUCAUUUUGGAAGAAAAGAAGAUUGUAAAGUUCAGAGUCUGUCAUCUUGCUAAUGUGUGACCAGGCAUUUAAACAGGGCGGCGUCCAAACGAAGGUUGCGUGUUAGAAAGAGAUGCCAUUCAUGGUUACAUUGGUGCUGCUACAGCUUUUCUCGAGAGAAGAACGUCAAAGCUGAAAAAGCUGCUUCCUUAAAGUCUGGGUCUGAUUGGUAAGCAGUCUCUCAGGUUAGAGGUCCUAUUCUAUUCCAUGACAGGAAAGAGUUCAGUGUCUCCGGUAGACAAAUAACACAUGCAAGACGCAGAAUGAAAGGAAGAACAUCUGUAGCCCGUGAGAUUGUUUUUCAGUUUGUAUAACACGAAAUCAGAUCAGGAGGUCGUUUUGGAUUCCCAAACGAUGUUUUCUUCCCCAUCAUUAGGCGGAAAAUGAUUGGAAUUAAUCUGAUGCUUCACUUUCAUGGAGAUGUAUAAAUGACUACUCUGGAGGGAGCACAGGCGCCCCGUCUCUGACGACGUUGUAUUUCAGAGGCCGGCGGAUAAUCUGUAAAAUUAUUUUGGAUCAGUUUAGUCAGGCGUAAAUUUGUCUCUUUCUAUGGGCCCUCCAUAAUGCUGCGCGGCUUGCCUAAAUGCGGGCCAGAACUGCUUUAAAUAGCCAUAAGCGAGAGUUAUCAACCUCACUGAUUAACUAUUGACUUAGGGAUACUUGAGUACAGUGCAUAGCAGGGUGUUGCUUUAGGGAUGAAAUGGGUCUUUCAGUAGGUUUAACAGGCGCGGAAUCAUUAGUCUCCCAGUAUGCGCGGUCAUCCCCUAAAACUACGCGCAGGGAAAUCAAGAACCAAUGGACGAAAGUCCUUUUUCAGUAACAGAGUGGUUGCAGCCUGGAAUGCCCUGCCUACCGAUGUUGUAACCUCCUCCUGUGUGAACUCCUUCAAGUGUAGACUUGACCUGCAUCAAGCUUCCCAAUUACCAUCCCCACAUCCACUCACAUAACCCGGUACAAUCUUAUACGUGUUUAUACUACUUGUAAUUAGUAAGUAACCAUUAAUGAUUACUCUUUUUCGACUAGCUGCCAGCUGUCCGCGAGUAUGUACAAAAUCCCUUUUUCACCUUCCCAUUUAUCAAUGUUUUUCUCCGACGACUUGUAACCAAGAGGGAGUUCAAAGGCGCUUGCCUAUAUUUCCCUUAAUAAACUGAUACUGAUACUGAUACUGCUGCUCGUUUGUUGAUUUUAAUGACCAGUACAAACUGCCCUCGGGGCUGUAACACCCACUUAAGUGUGAUUUUUCACCAAAUAAAAUUUAUCUGCUUCUAGUAAUGGAUGAUUUCAAGGCAUCCAAGUCGGACGCGGCCGGAAUUCUCGAGAGGGCUGGUCAACACCUGAACCGUGAGUUGCUUGUGAUAUGGUCUUCUGACAUACGCCCAUAUUAAAUGCUGAAGCUUGGUCACGUCAAAAGUGUGCGAACGAGUAUUUCUUUCAGCAGAAGCAGCCGAGAACCAGAUUGUCAUUUGGUUAUCACGCCAUUCGUGAGCACUGAUGAGGCAAACAACGACUCUGAGGUGGGUGACCAGCGCGUCAUUAUACCGGGUACGGCCAUCUGCGAUGAAUACGAGAGUUGCUAUUUUCGUGCCCUGUGUGGUGGCAUUGCAGCUGUAUCCCAGGAGAACUGCGGCAAUUGCGAGUUCACAGUCCGUAUCCAUCGCUGCACCCGAAGACUGUUUCAAAUUUAAAUGCAAAACGCUGGAUGAGUGACACACUUGCCCCAGCGAACGAAGUCCUUCCUUCUGGGUACGCAAUAAAUGCAUUCAAUUAGCGAACCAGUAGCCCACUGGCAUGCCGGCUGAGGUAUGGGGGACUAAGUCAUGUGGAUGUCCUCACUACAUUCUUGUCCUGACAACGGCAGGGAAAUCAACGAUUAUUGUUAAACCUCGGAUGACCCGUAGCGGAUUCUCCCCUCUUACUCCGGCUAAAUGCAAUAAUAAGCAGUGAUUCGCCAUCCAUUUAUUGCAGUCACCAUGUUAUUGCCGGCCUUGCCGUCUGCAUAUAUGGCAUUAUAAUGCUCAUAGUUCUCCUGUCUGUCCCACACUUACCCCUCUUUCAAUCCGAUAAUCUAUAAAAUUAUCCGAGUUAUUAGGAAAUAUUUAUGAGUCUUUGCAUAUUUCACUAGGUUGAUUACCUGCCGUACUGGCGGAAAAGACGAAUGUGUGCAAUUUUUUGCCCAUUCAUUGUCGGCCUUUACAAUCUACAAUGCAGUUCCAGUGGUAAUCAGAAGUUGACUUUCGCAUCCGUACACCAAAUUUGCGAAACCCCUCUCUAUUGAUGUUUUUAAUUUGAUGAUACAGACUUCAGACCAAAUGUCGGAGUGUACUUUUGAAUACGUAUUCGAUGUUACAGUAAUCGGGGAAAGUAGUGGUUGAAAUUCACGCAUUGCUAUGACUGCUUACUCUCAAAAGUGGUUCACCCCGUCAUCAUAGACUCAUGCUUCAUUUCUGAAAUAAAGUAUGUCACGACUGCAUAUUGCAUAUUGGACAGUAAAUCUGCGGCUACCAGCCAGCGCAUUUUAUAAAGCAUGUAAUUAUGUGUAUCUUAAGAAAUCCAUUAAAAACAUACUGCAGCCAUCAGUUUUGUAAUUUUUGUUGAUGUGUCAUUUUAUAACCCACUUAGCACGAAACAUCUAACCGAUAGUGUUGUCAGCAUGUUUAUUCACGUAAGACAAGAUAUAGGAUUAAGAACUAGUGGGCGAAAAAAAACUUGCUCUAGGUACAACUUUGUCCGUGUGUCUUGUGAAAACGAUGUUUGCUUCACACGAUCAUUGACUAGUGUUCUACUGUCAUCUAUGUCUCACCAUAGGUGAAGGUUACCUAGAGACCACACCGGGGUAACCAUCUCGAAGGGUGGGUUAAACUAGACGCGUCGUGCGUCGUCAUAUUCGAUAAUUCUGCUCGCCUUCCCCUUCCCGUUUCCACACUUAAAAAUCCUACGGAGAGGGCAACAUGCAAUCACGUAAGUGACCCAAACUAACUUCGUCCGUCCUUCCUCUAUAUAACGCCGGGACACAAAACGGAGAUCUGCAACCGCCUGAGAGGUAUGCUUGGUCACAUAUAUGAGUAGUUCUGCUUACCCCCUCGGGGGUGCAAGUGAAGGGGCUACAAAGGGUGUUCGAAAAAGACGUUGAGAAAUUACGCUAUUUGUGGCUGAGCAUAACCAUCAUGUGAAAUAUUCGCACACAAAACACAACAACCUUUAUCCACAUCACACUCUACCCACCCCACAGGCAGCUAGACCGACUGCCCAGUCUGGCAGCCUGGAACGUUAGUUCCACUUUAGACAGCAGGAAAAACAGCCAACCGGAGCGGAGGGCGGCGCCGGCCGUUCGAGAAGUAAUGCGGUUCAAGUUAGACAUCCCUCCACUCAGCCUGACUCGGUUCUCUGAACAGAGUCAGCUGGAGGACGUGGGUGACAGCCAAAAAUUCCUUUGGAGCGACUGCACAAGUGUGGAGCGAAGCGAUACUGGUGUCGCACUUUUCCUCUUAACGACAUCAUGUAGCAACUACUUUGUUUACCGCAGGAAGUUCAUGAUCACAUCAGGAGCCUAG